AUGCCUAAAAAAGGGAAAAAGGCAAAGGUACCCUUGUCGGAUGAGGAGCAGCUGCUUCUGUUUCAGCAGAAGUUGCUGGCAGAGGAGGAGGCGGCCAAGAAGAAAGAGAGGCUUCUCACGCAGUUCUUGAAGGACAAGCUGGCCAAGGAAGAACACAACAGCGCCCUGAAUCUUAAUAAGAUCAACACACAGUGGAGAACUGUCCUAAGGGAAGUCAAGACCAGGGAACUUCACAAGGACAUCGAGAUCCUCAGCCAAACAUUUGAGCGUGUGGUGGACUGCAAGGACAGCGUCAUCAAGUCUCUGGCUAAGGACUUGACUGAAGCAGAGGAACAAUAUGCCCACGCUCUGCGUAGCCACUUGCACAAUAUUGACCAGCUCUUGACCCUGCAACGACGCCGACUCAGCCUCCUGGAGGAAAGUUACAACAUGGAGCUAGAUGUUCUAACGAAAGAGUUUGAGACGGAACGGAAGACAAUUAUUGACCAGCACGAGAAAGAGAUCCGCUACCUCCAGGACGUCUUCAUGGCCAUGGAACAGAACUACGUAGAUUCCGAGUAUGAAAGCAAGCUAGAAUUCCAGAGUAUGUGGGACGAUCUGAAAAACAAGAAUUUAGAAGAGAAGCACUUUCUUCGUCUACAACUGGAGAACAUAGUGGAGGAUCUGUGGAGAAGGUUCCAGGAUGCACUCAAGAACUAUACGGAUGCCACGGAGGACCGGAAGAUUGCCUUUGAGACUCUGAAGGUGAAGGACGAGAAAAGCUCCAAAGAGAUUGAAAUGCAGAUGAAAAAAAUCCAGAAGCUGCAGGAGGCCAUAGGUAUCUUGAAAGGGAAGAUCACAGCCCACAGCCGUGAAAGUGAAUGGCAGAACCAGUGCAUCCGCAAUGACAAGGAGCUGGUCCAUGUACAGCUGAGAAAACUAAAGGCCCAAAGGACGCAGGCUCGGGGAGUGUCCCAGGAGAACUUAGUCAAGCUCACCCUGGAAAGUAAUGCCACCCUCAAGGACCUGAAAAAGGUCGUGGAGAAGGGUGAAAAGAUCCUUAAACUUGCUGAAAUCUGUAGGAAAUUUGAAACAGAGGAAGAGAAAGUCCUGCCUUUCUAUUCCUCAGUACUGACUCCCAUGGAGCAGGAGGAAGUGGAGAGACAGAACCCGGAAGACCUCACAGAGGAGCUGGCCAAGGUUAUGGCGGACUACUCAGGGAUGGAGAACUUCUGGAAAAGAUACAAUAAGGUGAAGCUGGAGGUGCUGAGUCUGCAGCACAGACGCGUGCAGCUGUUGGAGAUCAGCGGGAAGCUGAGGGAGAUGCUCAAACAGUACCUGGAUGGUAUCUCCGUGAGCGAUGAAGUGCUGAGCCAGCUCAACCCGCUCUUCAUAGUAAACCACAGAAGCAACCUGCCCCAGCUGUCCGCACCUGCCCAGGAAGGCGACAGAGGACCUCCAAGCACCUACAACAUCAUCGAAGCUGCCCACGUUGUCUCCCAUAUCCUGUGA